AUGAAAGUCGCAGUGAUAGGAGCUGGCCCGGGGGGCCUUGUUACCUUGAAAUACCUUCUCCAAGCACCCGAGUUCCUCUUUGUAAAACCCAUCGAAGUUCGUCUCUUCGAAGCCGGUCCGGAGAUUGGUGGAACCUUUCGGCAAAGGAAUUACGAAGAUGGAGAGCAAGUCUCCUCAAAAUACCUGACAACUUUUUCUGACUUCCGCCCCUCGAAAGAAGCGCCUGACUUCCUGCCAAUAGAAGAUUAUCUUGUUUACCUCGAAGAAUACUGCACUCGUUUCGACCUGUGGAAGAAUAUCGAAGUCUCAACAACGGUCACCCGUCUCCAACAUCGAGGUAUUUCUGGUCAUACCGUCUCGUUAGUCAGAGCGGAUGGAACAACAGAAGAUUGGCACUGCGACGCUGUAGCGAUCUGCACGGGACUACACGUUACUCCUAACGUUCCACACGUCGAUGGAAUUGAAAAUGUCCCUCUCGUGUUACAUUCUUCUCAAUUCAAAGCCAGGAAACAAUUUGGGAAGGAUACGAAUGUGGUCGUUCUUGGGACUGGGGAGACGGGUAUGGACAUGUCACAUCUGGCUGUGACCUCUCCUACAAGAACUGUGACUUUGUGUCAUCGAAAUGGAUUCCUCUGCGCUGCCAAAAUAAUCCCGAAUCCCGUCCUCUUUGGAAGAUUCCGAUCCAGCGGCCCCGACAUUCCCACGGAUGUUGUUACAGCCAGCCUGUUCGAGUCAAUGUAUGUUCAUCCCAUAAUGAAGAAGUCACUCAUACCUUGGCGGUACUAUGAUGCUUUUGUAAAGUAUACGCUAUGGCUUGUCUCUGGUACGAGACAUGGCAUUGAUCAGUGGGUUGGCGGACUCCCUGAUGAGACGUACCAUACUUCUGAACUCUUCUUUACAAAGUCGAGUCGCGCAAUGCCCUACAUCAGUGCACCCUACCGCUCUACAUCCUUGCUUCAUCGUAUCCGCGCUUCCAUUGCACAAAUCAAACUUCCGGAGACAAAUGGGAGAGUGAUAGAUCUGGCACCUUGGCCCAGCCACAUUGGUCAGGAUCGCGUAAUCCACUUCACCAAUAAUGGACGUCCAGAAGCUCGUACAAUGCAAGAUGUCAAACGGAAGGUCGAUGUGCUAGUCUUUGCCACCGGGUACGACCAGACUUUCCCGUUUCUAGACGAAACAUAUCCACGGCCCGAGGAUGCGAAUAUCAGACGAAUUUGGAAGAGUGGGGAUGAGACUGUUGCAUUUAUUGGGUUCAUUCGACCGAGUUUUGGAGCAAUUCCUCCCCUCGCAGAGUUCCAAGCACAGCUCUGGGUCCUAGCACUUCUACAAAAGCUGCCUCAUCCAUUAACCAAAGAAGAGCAUUAUCGCCUCCAUAUGACUGAGGAGCGAAGAAUACAAUACGGUGUUGACCACGAAAACUAUGCCUAUCAAUUAGCAAUGGACAUGGAAUCUGCACCUACCGCUGCCUAUAUGCUGACUCGUGGAUCGAAGAUGUUCACGACAUGGGCUCUUGGCGCCAAUUUCAACACAAAGUUCAGGUUGAUUGGUCCUUGGGCGUUCAAAGAAGCGGAAGAUAUUAUGAAUAAUGAGUUGUGGGAGACGAUUACUCGACGUGGUGGCUUUUUCGGUAUUGUGGUUCUCUCUUUGAUCCCGAUGUCGAUAUUUGGUCCGCUGAAUCUCCUCGUUUGGCUGUUCGCCUCGAUGGGGUUAGUAAAGGGCUCGUGA